AUGACGGUGACAGCUGGGGGCAGCGGCUUCCACCCAAGACUCCUACUGCCUACCAGUGGUGUCAGCGUCCAUGAGAGGGGCAAAGACCCUGGCUGGGCCUCCAUCAACAGGGGCGUGCUGAUCUGUGAUGAGUGUUGCAGCGUGCACCGGAGCCUGGGCCGCCACAUCUCCAUCGUCAAACACCUCCGCCACAGCCCGUGGCCUCCCACCUUAUUGCAGAUGGUACACACCCUUGCCAGCAAUGGGGCCAACUCCAUCUGGGAGCAUUCCCUUUUGGAUCCUGCUCAGGUGCAGAGCGGCCGGCGAAAGGCCAACCCUCAGGACAAAGUCCACCCCAUCAAGUCAGAAUUCAUCAGAGCCAAGUACCAGAUGUUGGCAUUUGUUCAUAAGCUACCGUGUCGGGACGACGAUGGGGUCACCGCUAAAGACCUCAGCAAACAAUUACACUCCAGUGUGAGGACCGGCAACCUGGAAACCUGUUUGCGCCUGCUGUCCCUGGGGGCCCAAGCCAACUUCUUCCAUCCCGAGAAGGGCACGACACCCCUGCACGUGGCCGCGAAGGCCGGACAGACCCUCCAGGCAGAGCUGUUGGUGGUCUACGGAGCUGACCCAGGGGCCCCCGAUAUCAAUGGGAGGACGCCUAUCGACUAUGCCAGGCAGGCUGGGCACCAGGAGCUGGCAGAACGGCUGGUAGAGUGCCAGUACGAGCUGACCGACCGGCUGGCUUUCUACCUCUGCGGCCGCAAGCCGGAUCACAAGAAUGGGCAUUAUAUCAUCCCCCAGAUGGCGGACAGCCUGGACCUGUCGGAGCUGGCAAAGGCUGCAAAGAAGAAGCUUCAAGCGCUGAGUAACCGCCUGUUCGAGGAGCUCGCCAUGGACGUCUACGACGAGGUGGACCGAAGGGAGAACGACGCGGUGUGGCUGGCCACGCAGAACCACAGCACCCUGGUGACCGAGCGCAGCGCCGUGCCCUUCCUGCCCGUCAACCCCGAGUACUCGGCCACUCGCAACCAGGUGAACGGCUGA